ACUUAUCCAUUCAAAGAAGGGGAACCUUCCCGCUGCGCUGCCUGUCGGGCUGUUUCCUUUGGGUUCCGGGAGGUUGGCAACAGCGGGUCCGUUUUACAGAUGAAGAAACUGAGGUCUAGAAAGGGAGCAGGAUAACCCGGGGCGCUGCAGGCUGGAGCUAGAACGCAGGCCUGCCGCGUCUGCGUCCAGUGCUCUACCACCCUCUCAGAGGCUCUGGCGAGCCUGUGAAGACCCACCCCUCGCCCUCCCGGGGUCUGGGAGAGAGGUUGAGCUUGGGCUUGGGCGCUCCUCACCCGGGACCCCCGGCCGCGCUUGGGCAUCUCCGGCUCAGACCCCGGCAACGCCGCUCCCGCGAGUGGAGAGAGCGCUCGGGGUUGUCACUUUAAAUUAAAGAGGGAGCGGGCGGGCGGGUGAGCGCGAGGGAGCGCGCGGCGGGCUCCUGGGAGCGUGCCCGGACUGCGGCGCAGCUCCCGUCCGCCGCCCCGGCCCGGCAGAGCCCCCGACCCGCACCGCGCUGCUCCGAGGAGGGCGCCAGGAGACACUGCAGGGGUGGCGUUGCCGCGGGCUGCCGGGCUUGGCGCCGGUGCGUGCGCGCUGCAGAAGGCCGGCCGGGAGCCGCGAGCCGGGACCAGGGAGCCGGAGUCAGCCCCAGGCAGAGCGGCGGCCCCUCGGAAGCAUCGGAGGUGAGGCUUGUGAACGCUCUGAGGAGCCCCUCCAGUGAGCAGCCUGGAGUCUCUGCUCGACAGCCAGCCGGUGUUAAGAUGAAGAUGAGUUCCAGCCACUGCAGGGGCAUCAUGGCUGUGGAUGUGGCAGACGUGGCAGAAUACCACCUGAGCGUCAUCAAGAGCCCCCCUGGCUGGGAGGUGGGAGUCUACGCUGCAGGGGCCCUGGCCCUGCUGGGAAUCGCAGCUGUGAGCCUGUGGAAGCUCUGGACAUCGGGCAGCUUCCCCAGCCCCUCCCCAUUCCCAAAUUAUGACUACAGGUACCUUCAGCAGAAGUAUGGCGAGACCUCCGUGGAGGCCAGGCCAAAGACAAUGCCUGCCUGGAACACCCAGCGGGCCAGGACUCGGGGACCACCCAGUCGCAAGGGCAGCCUCAGCAUCGAGGACAACUUUGAGGCCAUCAGUGAGCUGGGGCCGCUGGAGCUGAUGGGCCGCGAGCUGGACCUGGCCCCCUAUGGGACCCUCCGGAAAUCCCAGUCGGCCGACUCCCUGAACUCCGUCUCCUCCGUGAGCAACACCUUCGGGCAGGACUUCACGCUGGGCCAGGUGGAGGUGAGCAUGGACUACGACCCAGCCUCCCACACCCUCCACGUGGCCGUGCUGCAGGGCAAGGACCUCCUGGAGCGCGAGGAAGCGAGCUUCGAGUCCUGCUUCAUGCGCGUGAGCCUGCUGCCCGACGAGCAGAUCGUGGGCAUUUCCAGGAUCCAGAGGAAUGCCUACUCCAUCUUCUUCGAUGAGAAGUUCUCCAUCCCGCUGGAUCCCACGGCCCUGGAGGAGAAGAGCCUGCGGUUUUCUGUGUUUGGCAUUGACGAGGAUGAGAGGAACGUCAGCACCGGGGUGGUAGAGCUGAAGCUCUCGGUACUGGACCUGCCCCUGCAGCCCUUCAGCGGCUGGCUCUACCUACAGGACCAGAACAAGGCUGCUGACGCAGUGGGAGAGAUCCUGCUGUCCCUCAGCUACCUGCCCACAGCUGAGCGCCUCACCGUGGUGGUGGUAAAGGCCAAGAAUCUUAUCUGGACCAACGACAAGACCACAGCAGACCCCUUUGUGAAGGUGUACCUGCUGCAGGAUGGGAGGAAGAUGAGCAAGAAGAAGACAGCCGUGAAGAGGGAUGACCCCAACCCAGUGUUCAACGAAGCCAUGAUCUUCUCGGUGCCAGCCAUUGUGCUCCAGGACCUAUCUCUCCGUGUGACGGUGGCUGAGAGCAGCAGUGACGGCCGUGGGGACAACGUGGGCCACGUUAUCAUCGGGCCAUCAGCCAGUGGCAUGGGCACCACACACUGGAACCAGAUGCUGGCCACACUGCGCAGGCCUGUGUCCAUGUGGCACCCUGUCCGGCGAAACUAGCAGCCAGGGCAGUCCAGAUGGGCAGCGGAGCCUCUAGAGCCUGGUGCCCACUCGCUCUAUCCAAUGCCCUCUCCAUUGACCAGCUGGAGCUGCGGACACUGGGGUACCCCUGGGAGUCCCCAUCAGCCAACUUGGACCCUCUGUCUGGGAACCCAGGGUCUUCUGCUGCGGACCAGCUAUGGCUGGGCCGGGGCCCAGAGGGGGCAGCUGACACUGGCCAAUUGUGCACCACCUCCAGAUCCUCAUGAGGCCUGUCCUUGGUGUGCAGGGACUUGGCCUCUCAGAGCUGGCAAGCCCCACCCCCACCUCCUGGGAGGCCAGUGACAAGCCUUGCACUGGGACCCCCCCCCGCAAGUCUUGGGGGCCAGACACUGUGCUAGGAACUGGCAGGGGAAACACGAACAAGACACAGGUCCCUGGGCCAUCAGGAAGUCAAAAUCCCCCUGCCCCAGGUAAUCUGCCUAGUGCCAAAUGACAGCAGACUCUUGGGGAGAGGCUCCGGGGGCUGGGGGAACUUGGAGGGCCCCUUAGACAAGGAAGGAGCUGCACUUAGGGGUAGGAGCAGCCUGAGUGUCUCAGGCAGGGGGCACAGCAAGGCACUGGCAAGGACAUGAAAUUCCCAUCACAAACUUGGUUCUCAGCCCCCUGCUGGGCAACAUGGGCCUCUCUGGGGGCUGUAGAAGAGACCCAGAGACCAGGUCCAAACCGAAGUCUAUGGGCCAAAUGGAGGCUCCAGGAUUAUUCUCUGUGAAAUCUCCUUCCCUUUAUCCUCAUCCAUUGCAGGAGCCAGAGGUCCACAGAGACCCAGACCCAGGUCCUCAUGCUGCUCCCAUGCAAAUCAGCCAUUGGAUCCAGAUGUUUGCUGGCGUCCCUCAGCGUGGGCCCUGUGGGGAAGAGAGAAGCUUUAGGUAGCCUGGUUCCCACGCCCAGACCACUGGGCAUCCCGGCUCAAGCUCCCCAACACUGUGGCUUUAGGAAUCGUCCAGUUGCAGCCUAUUGGCUGGAGAAGCUCUGGAGGGAGGAGUGGUACCCCCAACCCGGGGUCCUGUCCAGAAGCAAAGGGACUGGGCUGCUACAUCCCCAGGUGCAGUGAGGGUGUCCUGCCCCUCCAGGUGUCCCAGGAUGAGGAGGCAGCUCUGUAGCUUUAAAGGGAUGACUGGGGGCAGGGUGGUCAGGGUACAUAGCUGCAGUGCCAUCUCUGAAGCCACCCACAGAUGACAGGGGCACUGCCUCUUCCUCAGCUCUGGUGAGCUGUGGAGACCCAGGUCCAACCAGCUACUGCUGAUGACAUGGAGGUAGGAGUGGCUAGAACAGGUGCCCAGAAGGGUCAUGGGCUGGAGGCAGGACCCACUUAACACAACCAGGACCCAGCCUGAGGCCAGGCUGUCCACCCUUGGCCAGCACCACAGGGCCAGGGGACACACCCCCUGGCUUUGCAGUGCAGGCCAUGUCUUCCCACCUGCUCCUUCCCCCUCUCCCUCCCUCUAACUGCAUGACAUGUGGACUGUGUACCCAGGUGGCCAUGGUGGCGAUGGAGAAUGCUGACUGGAAUGAUUCUAGAACCAAAAUAAAUCUGGGGCAGGAAGCAGGGCAUCCAGGGAGCCCUGCCUGGCCCCAAAUCAC